UUUGACUUUGAGGCUUUGAGUUUGACUUGGCAGACGGUGACAUCCUGGAUGUUGGAUCGUAUUGCAGCUGUCGCUGGAAAUAGCUCUUCCUCUCCCUCUCUCUCUCUCUCCGGGGCAGGAAUGAAGUGCGCUUCGUACAUCUUCGCUGCGUUCGCAGUUCUGCUCACGGCAGGCCAUGCACUGGCUGUCCACCACGAACGGCAAAGCCGUGCGUCGUAUGAUGGCUUGAUUCUCAGUAGUCCCGUGCAGUCUCCGACGUUCGACCUGUGCCCGACGUGCAUCGAUUUCUCUAGCCAGGCCUUGGGAAGGCUGCGGGAGAUUGUACUCCACCACGGGUUCGAGACAUGCGCGGCUGUUUCCGAUGCUCUCGCAGCUCACACAGGGAACAGGGACCUCGGCCUUGUCUGCAAUCUGCUCUGUGCUCAUGUCGGUGUCGGGCAGUUCCUGGAAGUCAUUGAACAUCCCAAACUGGAUCCAAUCAACUUCUGUGAGCUGCUGGGAGUGUGCAGGAUGGUAAAGAAUGGCGAUGCCAAGAUCACCAGUCUUGAGGUGCACCCUGCAUCUGGACACCAGGCUGGAAAAAUGUUUGCCAUUGCAUAUAGCUGGACGACCAUGAAUGGCACGGGAACUGGACAAAUUGCCAUGGACAUUGCAACAGAUGAUAAACUGCCAGUCCAUUCCAGUGCGCUAAGCAUGCCUCGAAAGCCUGGCUCUUACGCCGGUGCAGCCUCCCUGUCCACAGAUACCAGCGGCCUUGGCGGCUGCGAUGCCAGCCAAGGAGGGGCAUGCCAGCAAUGGCUGCCAGGUGUAUACCAAGUCAAACUCUCUAUCUGCAAUGGAGAGUGUGACAGCAGCCAUCCACGCGAUAACGUAUACGACACUGCAGAGGCCAGUUUCAAAAUCCCAGCCGAAGCCAGCACUGGCAGGGUCUGAAGAGCUCAGCUCGAAUACCAUGUACUAUGAAGCUUCGAACAUACUGAAACGAGUUUAUAUACUAUUUUUUCACCAGUGAAUAUUUUUUUGGACAUGCAUAUUUGUAAAAUAAAUCUCUCUUUAGAGCUUAGACCCAAAUGCCAUACAGUGUAGGAACAAUGCCUCCUUUCAACGCAUAUAAUUAUGUCUUGCUUUAGGCAGUGCAGAUCAGGUCGUUCACUCUGUAACACUGAACACAGCCGUUGAUUUCUUGAACUCUAGUCUAGAACAUUACUGUAGCAAGUUAGUAACAAUGGCAAUGAUCAUACCGGUAAACGCAAUUGUUUUAGUAGUACUAGAGUAGCAGUUUUCUUGUAGACCGGAAGUAGUCCAUUGCUCCUGCAUGUACGCGGAGCUCACUCUUUCCCUUCUUUUCUACUGCGGUACUUGUUUUCAGAUCCGCUGAUUAUGAGGAAGUAGGAAUACCAUAGCAACAAUUAUUCUGUCCCUGCCCAACUCUCUUCUCGAACUCAGUGUUUCUACCGUAAGUUUUCAAAAUGCUCUACUUUUCUACCAAAAUCUACUUUUCUACCAAAAUUUUCUACUUUUCUACUUUUCUACCAAAAAUGUCUACUUUUUAAUUUCUACUGUUCAAAAUCUCCCUUCUACCUUUACCUGAAGUAUCAUUUUUGUACUGAUUUUCAGUUCAAAUAAUUUAAUGUGCUUUCUCAUGCUGGUAAACGCACGAGCAGCCAGCCAAUGGCCAACAAAUUCCAAGU